AUGGGAGGAACCGCCGUCGGCGCUCCAGCUCUGCCUGCUGGCACUGCGCAGCACGCACGGAAGAUGCAGGCCCUGUACCGCACCCGCCGCAAGCAGGCCUACGCCCUCCUGGUCAAGAACAUAUCUUGCAAGGACAUCAAGCGUGGCAGUAUUGGGGACAUGGAGCCGCAGCGCUCUGAUGUCCGUGCGCACGAUGCGGCGUGGGCAAAGAUCAGCAUCGGCGCCGACAUUGGCAUCAGUGGGAUCACUGAGAUCGACCUCAAGCCAGAGAGCAGUGAGGAGGCGACGCACCGAUGGACGGUGACGCUCGGCAUCUUGGGCAUAGCUGCGACGAUGGUCAGUGGCGAGCUGCUCAAGCGGCGAGGUAUCUUCCGCAUCCCGGAGGCGGUCAUCGGCCUCCUCGUCGGUGUCGCCGCCGGAGGGCUCUCCGAGAUGUUCGAGUCGCAGACGAUGGCGGAGGACGAGUCGUUUGACGACGAGUUCUUCAUGGUCUGGCUGCUGCCGCCGAUCAUCUUUGCCGCCGGCUACAACAUGAAUGUGCCCGCCUUUUUCGACAACCUCGGACCGACGAUGCUCCUCGCGUUCGGAGGGACGGUGCUGUCUGCGGCGGUGGUCGGGGCGUGCGUCUACCUCGCGGGGCAGCUGGGCCUCGCCUACCGCCUCUCUCUCCUCGCCUCGUUCUUCUUCGGCUCUCUCAUCUCCGCCACCGAUCCGGUGACGGUGAUCGGCGUGCGCGACGACAUCUUUGCGGUCAUCUUUGGCGAGAGCGUGCUCAACGACGCCGUCGCCAUUGUCCUCGCUCGCACCAUCCUCUCCUUUAACACUCCUGACGCCGACAUCUCCCUACUGACCUGCCUGCAAGCCGCUACCGUCUUCUGCUCGAUCUUCCUCGGCUCGAUGCUAAUCGGCUCGCUCGGAGGCGCGGCCCGCACGCUGUCGGCCCUUCUCUUCAAGGGGCUCGGGCUUGCCCGCGUGGACGACAAGGUUCCGCUCGAGGCCGCCCUCUGCUUCGCCUUCCCAUGGUCGUGCUACUACGCGGCAGAGGCGCUCGAGCUGUCGGGCAUCGUCGCGAUCCUGUUCUGGGGGACCGUGUGGCGGCUCGCCCUGGUGACGAUGCUCGCGUGCUUCGUCGGGCGGCUGCACGCCCUUCUUGCUGCUGUGACCCCACAGUGGGUUCGGUACUCUGGAGGCGUUGCCUUCGCCAUCGCCGCGGCCGCAUACGGCGACCACGCUUUCAGCCAGUGCGGCGACGAGGGCGAGCCGCGGCCGUGCGACCCGGCGGCAACGCUGCUGAUCGCCGUCUUCACUAUCGUCUUCUUUGGCGGCGCAAUCAAGGACGUGUCGCUCGCGUGCGAUGUGCUCGCCAAGCCGGCAGCGGAGGCGGCGGAGGAAGCGUCGAGCACGUCUAGCGGGGGACUCGCCGCCACCGCCGCGCCUGGCAAGGGUCUGCCGCGCACCCGCUCGAUGCGCGCCCGCUGGCUGCACAUCAACGAGCGGUACAUUAUGCCGCAGCUGACCGUGGACGGCGCCGGCGGCGGGCGGGCGGGCGGCCGCUUGGGCGACGCCGAGCUGCCGUCACGGCGCAUCGCCGCCGAUCGCGGGUGCACCUCCAACUGCGGGCUGCUCGCGGCGCAAGGGCACGCGGGGUGGGCCACGGAGAUGGUGCCGACAAAGGCAAGGGAGGGGGGCGCGCUAUGCUCCACGCUGCCCGCCGACGCCGGCGCCGGUGGCGAGGGCAGCCCCGCGCCGGGCGGUGCUUGCGCCAGAGGCAGCGACGGUCACCCUCCCAAGGAGCAUGCGCUCGCCAUCGCGUCGCGGCUGCUAGAGUCAGACGACGACAGCGGGCGCGAUGCGUCGCGGGGCGGCCGGCGCAGCCUUGGCGGCUCGGACGACGGUCUCAGUGUGGAACACCAGCGCGUCUGAUGCCGUGUCGCAUGUGAUGUCGCGCAGAUCGCGGUGUCCCAGCCGCCAGCGGCAGCACCGCUCUCCUCCCCGUUUGCGGGAGAUUCAAGGGUCAUUAGAGGGAGGGAUUGCGAGGGCGGGUAGCGGUGUGGGACGAGAGAGAGGGCGGGUAGCGGUGUGGGACGAGAGAGAGGGGGAUAGCGACAGGAGGGACGAGAGCGGGAGGCCGGUCUCGCCCUUUUUAAAUGGCUUUUUUGUGAC